CACUAUUUAUCUUCCUCUCAUUUGUCCUCUGGUUGAGUGAAGAAGAAAGAAAUUUGUCUACUUUUGGGUGCUUUGACAUUCAGGGUCUAUACCAUUAUUUGUACUACCACAAGUCUCAUGCCAACCUUUUCCUUCUUCCAUUUUCAGAACCCACGAGCUGGUUUUACUUCUUUUCACGAAAAGCUAAAGCUCCUCCUCCAUUGCUAAAGCUUCAAAAUUUACAGCCGAAAGACUCUUUGGUCAAAAGGGUCUUCUUUUCUGAGUCCUGUUUUUGUGGGUUUCUUGACCCAUUUCACCUCUCUGCUUUGUUCAGACUCUGUGGUUACUACUUACUAGUACUACUUCCUGGAAGCUCUGGUUUUUCUGAAAUGCUAGCGGACAAGUUCAAGUCUUGGAGUCUAAUUGGAGGCAUUUGAGGACUAUUUGGUCUCAUUUUGACUUGUGGGUCGUUUUCUUCCAUCAUAUUACUCCUCUGGCUUUUCUGGACUGUAAAUGAGAUGGGGUUUGAGGUGAAUGGUGAUGGUAAAAUGCUGGGAUUAUUGAGAGUGAAUCCAAGGCACAAGCGUUCGAAAAGCUUUCCUGAUAAGAAAAGAGUGCAGGAAGAUGACUUGGAUAGUUCUCAUGAAGCAUCAGACCGUGUAAAGCUGGAUUCGGCACAGUUCAAGGGCCGUGUUAGAACCAAGAAGAAACAAUCUCCUACCAUGGAAGUUCACAAUUCUUUGAAACAAGAGAUUCUACAGCUUGAAAAUAGAUUACAAAAUCAAUUUCAGGUCCGCCAUGCUUUAGAGAAUGCAUUGGGUUAUAAGUCUUCCAUCCAUAACAAUACUGUCAACACAAAUGAAACUGCAAUUCCUAAGCCAGCUACAGAAUUGAUUAAGGAGAUUGCAGUGUUAGAAUUGGAAGUUGGGCAUUUGGAACAGUAUCUUCUCUCCUUGUACCGGAAAGCAUUUGAUGGACAAUUGUCCUGUGUUUCCCCAGGCAAAAAGGAUGAAAAACUAAACUCACCUGCAACAACCCCAAGAAGCAACUUGCUGAAAGUUUUUGAACCUGACAUGGCAUUGAAGAGGGAAGAUUUAGCAGUUCAAUCUGGUAGUCAGUCGCUUGUAAAUUCAUGGAAGGAAUAUGUUGGAGAAGAAGAGAGGCCAUUAGAUUCUAGUGUUAACCGUUGCCACUCCUCACUUUCGCAACAUUCUGCAUUCGUAACUAGAACCUCUCCUCCAGAAGAGUCAUUGGCGAAAGCUUUGCGUGCCUGUCAUUCUCAACCAUUGUCCAUGAUGGAGUAUGCUCAGAAUACUUCAUCAAAUGUAAUUAGUCUGGCAGAGCAUCUCGGUACACGCAUUUCCGAUCAUAUUCAAGAGACGCCUAACAAGCUUUCGGAGGACAUGAUCAAGUGCAUGUCCACUAUAUAUUGCAAGCUUGCGGAACCCCCCUUGACACAGAAUGGACUUUCAUCUCCCAAUUCAUCUCUGUCAUCAACGAGUGCCUUUUCUCCACACGAACAGAGUGAAAUGUGGAGUCCGCAGUUCAAAAAUAAUUUAUCUUUUGAUGUACGACUGGAUAAUCCGUUUCUGGUGGAAGGACUUAAGGAAUUUAGUGGGCCAUACAGCACAAUGGUUGAAGUGCCAUGGAUAUAUAGAGAUACUAAAAAAUUAGGUGAUAUUGAACACUUGCUACAACAUUUCAGGUCACUUAUCAGUCGUUUAGAGGAAGUAGAUCCUAGAAAGUUGAAUAAUGAUGAUAAAUUAGCGUUCUGGAUUAAUGUACACAAUACUUUGGUCAUGCAUGCAUAUUUGGCUUAUGGGGUUCCACAGAACAAUGUAAAGAGGGUAUAUUUACUUUUGAAGGCUGCAUAUAACAUAGGUGGCCACACAAUCAGCGCAGAUACAAUGCAGAGCUCUAUUCUUGGAUGCCGAAUGUCUCGUCCAGGACAGUGGCUCCGCUUGUUACUUACUCCGAGGAACAAGUUCAAGACUGGAGAUGAACGCCAGGCCUAUGCAAUUGACCAUCCAGAACCCCUUCUACAUUUUGCACUUUGUUCAGGAAGCCAUUCUGAUCCUGCGGUUCGUGUAUAUACACCAAAGAGAUUAUCUCAGGAGCUGGAAGCUGCAAAAGAGGAGUAUGUUCGAGCUACCUUUGGUGUGCGCAAGGACCACAAAAUUCUUCUGCCAAAGAUUGUCGAAUCAUUUGCAAAGAGCUCAGAUUUGUGUCCUGGCGGUGUUUUGGAGAUGAUACAACGGUCAUUGCCUGAAUCUCUGAGGAAGAGUGUUAAGAAAUGCCAGCAGGCUGGGAAAUCACGGAAGAGCAUAAUCGAGUGGAUUCCUCACAAUUUCACUUUCCGGUAUCUAAUUUCUAAAGAGCUUGUGAAGUGAAUGCUUGCAUGAUGAGGGUUGCUGUUUGAUACAUGCCAUCGUUAAAAAGGUUUUUGUGGUAGAAGAUUUCACUCAUGUAGCUCAUCUUCUGUAUAAAUUAGUUAUUAGUAUAUGAACCAGAGAAGAAAAGGAAAAAAAAAAAAGUGAGAGCCGGAGGAAGGGAAUGGUGCAACCUGCAGCAUAUUGUAUCUGCAUUAUUAAGCUAUUGCAAAGAAUCUGCAAGACUGUAACCUUGUGAAUGUAAUGAAAUGGCUCAUUUGGCCUUGUAAA